AUGUCUAAAGUGUUCGCUUUGAUCUUUUUGGUUGGUGUCGUUACAGCGGAUGACUUCGGGAUGAAGUAUAUGAUGCGGGUUUACGAGGACUGUCAGAGCGCCGACAUCAUCCCUUGCCUAAAGAGGAAGGCUAUUCUCUUCUUCGAUCGAGCGGCAAGAAUGGAGGCAAUACCUUUGAUAGAUGGUGUCGAAAUUGUCAAAGCAGCGAACAUGGAGGCUGUCAGUGAUAAUGAUGUAGAUUCUUUGCCGAGGAAUUUGGGAAGUAAGGACGAGGCUUUGACGGAGAUCCUCUGGAAUAGGAUAGCAGCUUUUGCCAACUCGAGGACGAUACAGCUGUCCCUGCCAAAGGUUACCGGAGAGGAACUGAAUAAGGGCGUCGAGGAAGGACGUGGUAAGAUGAAGAAAAUGAUGGGGAUGAUGAUGAUGGGAGCAGCUAUGAAGAUGGCGGCCAUGAUCCCUGUGGCAAUAGCUGGUCUAUUCGUUUUGGCUGGAAAAGCUCUCAUCGUUUCAAAGAUCGCCUUGCUCCUUGCUGGUAUUCUUGCGCUCAAGAAGCUCAUAGCAGCGAAGAACAGCGGAGGUAGUGGUGGCGGCCAUGAUAGCCACAGCAGUGGGUGGUCGUCUGGUGGUAGCGGAGGUUGGGACAGACGGUCAUACGACGAUGCCUCUGAAUUAGUAUAUUCAGCGUAUAAAAAGGCUUAA